AUGGAGGGCAGCUUCGGCUCGGAUUUCCAGAACUCCGGGCGUGGGAAGCUGGACCCCAGUGUCAUCGUGGAGCAGGUGAAAGUACCGAUUGCUGUUGCCAGCGCACAGGAGUUGCUACAUUGGAUGACGGACAAGUGCUUCUGGAAGUGCGUAGGAAAACCUGGGGGCUCCCUGGGUAAUUCUGAGCAGAAGUGCACCCCCACGUUCAUGGGCCGCUCCAUGGACGCCUGGAACACGGUAUCCCGUGCCUACAACUUAUGGUUGCAGCGCGAGCGGGCCAACAUGCAACGAGGACCCUCCAGGAGCCCCUCCCACCAACCCCCUUGUCCUUAG